UCGGCCGGAAGUUAACUGGGGGAAGAUGGUCGCCCGAAGGUCUCGCGCCGCCCGGGCAGGAAAAGAAGCGCAGGCUGAACCUGCCGCCUUUUCCUCGGCAGUGGAGGAGGAGGAGGAGGAGGAAAGUGACGAGGCUCCCGAGGAAGUGACCUUCGAAAAUGCCCGGGUCGCUGCCGAGGAGGCCCGUCGGUUGGCGGGGGAACGCGCACGCAGAGAAAAGACCCUCUUGAAAGAAAAAAGGCGACUCAAAGAAGAACUGUUUAAGGAACAAAAGAAAAGAAAACUGCUUCCUGAAAAUGUGUUGGAGUUGCUGGCAUCAUCAGCACAAAACAGCAAAAACCAGCCAUUUGACACACCUGAGCAAGAUCAAAAUAUUGAAAAUGACCUUGAAAGUGAAUGUGGAGAUACAGCAGAGGAUGGUGAAAAAGACAUAUUGGCAACCAAGCUUCAAGAGAGCUAUAUGGCCAUGCGGUUAAAAGAUCAGGAUUUAACCAACAGGCAGCAGCAAGAAGCCAAAGCGUUCAUACAGAGACACCUCUAUGGAGCAGGCUGCAACAGAACCACUGCAAACGAAUAUUUUUCUGUCAAAAACAAAAAAAGCACAGUUAAAAAAGCUGCAGUGCAAUUUGUGAGCAAGUCUUGGGGUAAAAAGAAAAAACAAAAGGCUAAGCAGUUUAAACAGCGCUGGGUGUCAUCAACCUUGAUAGCUUGACUGCAUUUUUAUAACCAACUUGUUAAGGGAUUUAUUUUAUAUUGUGAAACACUGUGUUCAGUGGUGUUCUUUAAAGAGUUUUGUAUUUGGUAUUGUUGCAUUCUAGCGUUAAAGGUAGUGAACAUUGUAUGUGCUGUUUCCUAGAUAGUGCUUGCUUCUUUGCAGGCAUGUGCACCAAUUAAAUUGUGUUCUAGCUCUUA